UGCAGGAACGUCCUGAGAACCCCACUGAAACAAGCAGCUACCUCACACUCGGUGCUGACUGAGAUCCAGCCUGACUGUCAGCCUCUCACCACACCCCCAAAGCCUAAAGAAACCCUUCCAGCAGAUCCAUGGACACCUACUUCCAACCUGAAAAUGCUGAUUAGUGCAGCUAGUCCUGAGAUUAGGAGCAGAGAACAGAGAAGGGAGCUGUCAAACAACACGAGUGAGGUCCUACAGGCAAAACACUGUUUGCAGGAGCACUUAUCAGGAGAUGAAUAUGAAAGAUCUCAACCGAGUCGCAAGGAGAAAAGUCUAGGAUUGCUGUGUCAUAAAUUCUUAGCUCGAUACCCUGACUACCCCAGCACUGCAGAGAGUAAUUACAUUUCCCUUGAUGAAGUAGCUGAAGAGCUUAAUGUGGAACGUAGACGUAUCUAUGACAUUGUGAAUGUGCUGGAGAGCCUGCACAUGGUGAGCCGCCUGGCCAAGAACAGAUAUGCUUGGCAUGGGAGACACAACCUCUACAAAACCCUGCAGGCUUUGAAAAAAGUUGGAGAGGAGAACAAAUACACGCAACAAAUUCAGAUGAUCAAGAAGAGGGAGUACGAGCACGAGUUUGAUCUCGACGGGGAAAGGAAUGAAGAAGUGGCAAGAACUUUGGGCUCGAGUGAGAAUUCAGAAAUGUCUUUUGUCGAGCUCCCAGGAAUGGAAUUUCGUGCUGCAUCAGUAAAUAGCAGGAAAGACAAGUCUUUGCGAGUGAUGAGCCAGAAAUUUGUGAUGCUGUUUCUUGUAUCAACUCCUCAAAUAGUAAGCCUUGAAGUUGCUGCUAAAAUCUUGAUUGGAGAAGACCAACUAGAAGACUUGGAUAAAAGCAAGUUUAAAACCAAAAUUAGGAGACUUUAUGACAUAGCAAAUGUUCUCAGUAGCCUUGAGCUUAUCAAGAAAGUUCACGUCACAGAAGAGAGAGGCAGAAAACCAGCAUUCAAGUGGACAGGACCUGAGGUCUUGCCAAAUAUUCAGGGUACAAAACUUGAAGCAACUUCUACAACCUGUCCCCCAGCUAUUUCAGAAUCCAUCAUUUCCAAAGAGCAGUGUUCAAAAAACCUUUUUCCUUCAAAAGGAAAGCAAAACUUCACCAGGCAUCCUUCCCUAAUAAAGUUAGUUAAAAGUAUAGAAAAUGACAGAAGAAAGAUCCAAUCUGCUCCAACCAGUCCAGUUAAAAUAAGUGCAAGUACUGAUCAAAAUUUAUCAGCUUUCCCAAGUAAAAUGGCUCAGGUUCCAGCAAUCACUAAACAUCAGCUGGAAGGACAAUUAAAGAAAGCAAAAGAGAUGAAAAUGAAAUUGUCAGAAUCUUCUUUGGAAUGCAAUUUGUCCUCACCGGAGGUAGUUCCCAAGCCCGAACCUCUUGGCAGCUCAGCACCCUCUCAGCAGCCACUCAGUGUCUGUCCUCCGAGCCACAGUUCAGUCUCACCAGUGAUUCUACCUCAUACUCACUCUGGUGUUUCAUAUGCAAUCUAUCUGCACCCUUCCCAAGCCCACACUGUGACAACAUACAGCCCAAGUUUUAUGUUGCAGCCUCUACCGUGUGCAAAUAUAACUGGAAUUAAGAGCAUCAAUUCAAAAGUACUAAAUAAAAUAACCACUGAGGAAGGGGACAAUCAGAUAGCAACAGAUGAUCCAACAAAGUCCUUGGCAGCUAAAGGCAGACCAACUAUAAAAGCAGAAACUUCAUCACAGCAGUGCCUUAAAAGAUCACAAGCAUUACAAGAGGAUAAUUUAAUUAAAAGGUAUAGAAGUGACAAGGAAAGCCUUGAUACGUUUCUGGGAGAAUCAAUUAAAAAUGAAAGACCUCCUGCCAGUAGCUCACAAGAGAAUCACAAAAUGGACAACUGUCAGGAAGAGAGGCAGAACAAAACCAAAACAUUACAUCAAAACACAGCAAGUUGCUAUGACCAAGGUAAAAGAGAAGAUAUUCCAGAAGAUGAGGACAAACUCAAAACUAAGCAAGACAGCCCUGUAGCAUUUGCCAUUCCACCUGUGCUGAGCAACUCCUGUCCCAGUUCCAGCGAUGCCAGUUCUGCCCCAAAUCCAAGUUCUUCAUUUCUGAACUUUGCACUGCAACACGUAGGACUGACACCUGCUGGUGUGCAAGUCCCUGCAAAUCCUGUUCUUCAGCACCUGCCAGUCACUCCACAAACAGACAAUGUUAGCCAUAGCUCAGGAAACACGAACUUGCAAGAACAGAAGCCUCCUGCUCCACAGGAAUCCCAGGCAGCUACAGAAAACUUUUUCCGCACCCCAGGAGGGCCAAACACAGCAUCUCCACUCCCUGCAAGUUCAGAUGGUCCCAACAGGGUCUCUCAAGGAACUCUUUAUAUUCCUCAACGAAAACUUGAAGUGUCUGAAGACUAA